AUGACAACCGUGGCGUCCCUAUUCGCCUCCACUUAUGUAUUUGAAUGGCCAAACUACAUGACUGGUACAAAACUCCUCUAUCCCCCAGCUUUCGAUGCGCGAGUUGUGCUCUAUCCGACCACCAAGAAUCUUCGAGAUUAUCUCGCUUGGCGUCAAGUUGACUGUAAGUGUCUAAUGCCAUCAAAUAAAGUGCUUUACAUUGUACUAUGGGAGUUCUCACCGACCCUUUUCUUCUUCUCUGCUUAUUCUACAGGUCAUAUAAAUAAUCUCUACAAUACGUGUUUCUGGAAUCUCGUUCAACGCGGCGGACUCACUCCAGCUGACGCUGAGAAACGCUUAUGU